AUGGCGCAUCCGUUUCAAUUCGGCACCUCAACCGGUGGCGGCGCGUCGACCACACCAACAUCCUCAAUUUUCGGGCAAAAUACCUCAAGCGCCGCUGGUGCGGGUGGGCUUUUUGGCAACAUAGGCUCAGGCCAGACACCGUCAGCAAGCCAACAGCCUAGUUUUGGAGGAGGGGCCGGUACCCCUUUGUUCGGACAAACGCCCCCAGCCGCUUCCUCAGCAUUUUCCUUGAAGCCAGCCGAACAAAAUAACCCGUCAAUUCCAUCCUUCGGAAUUACUCCUAAUAAACCUGCAGAAUCAGGUCAGCAGAAGCCUGGGAAUCUUUUUGGUGAGGUCGGAAAACCAGGAUCCAUGCUCUUUGGUAGUGCCACUCCCGCACCCGCAAGCGGAGGAAUGUUUGGGAACCCGUCCACAACGCCAGCCGGACCUCCGCCAGCCGCAACUUCAGGACAAUCUGGCUCGCUCUUUACCCAGACUGCACAAAAUGCCGCGGGAGGCCCUACUCUGUUUGGAAGCAAACCUGCUACGAUGUCCCAGCCGGAAUCCACAAAACCAGCGAUCACCAUAGGCGGGGGGAUGUUUGCUGGAGCCGGUACAAGUGGCACUGCCCCAGCAUUUGGCUCGAACGCCCUGUUUGGAAAUCUCAGCGGCGUUGGACAGGCUGGAGCAAAACCGGGCAAGGAGGAAGGGAAGCCGACCUUGCUAAUGAAUUCUCCCGCAUCAACGCCCACCACCACUCAGACAUCCUCGACUACAGCAGAAAAGCCUGCGCAGAGUACCUUUAGCUUUCCGCCCACAACAGCAACGCAACAUGCGCCCGCUACAACUGCUCCCGCCACUGGAGGUUUAUUCGGCGGAGGGGGUGCUACAAAAACAUCUGCUCCAAGUGAUGCUUCGACGGCUGCAACGACCACCCAAGCCCCGGCUAUGUCUAUAUUCUCCCUUACGAAGCCGCCUGGGACUACAUCUGCUGCUCCAUCGCUAGGAACUCCAGCUACCACUUCUGCGCCGGCUGUUACCGCACCCACCACAACAACGACAACUGCUCCCACAACCAGUGCUCCAAGUACAACUGCACCCGCAACUUCGGCCGCUGGCACUGCAGCGCUUGGAGCCUCCACAGUCGGCCCUCCCCCCCCAGCGCAGUCUCGCUUAAAAAAUAAAACUAUGGAUGAAAUUAUCACACGCUGGGCGACAGACUUGACAAAGUAUCAAAAGGAGUUUCAAGAACAAGCCGAGCAAGUGGCAGAGUGGGACCGCAUGCUGGUGGAGAAUGGCAGCAAGGUUCAAAAGCUGUAUGGAAAUACGGUCGAUGCAGAGAGAGCUACCCAGGAAGUUGAACGGCAAUUGGCCGCCGUUGAGGGACAGCAGGACGAAUUGAGCUCUUGGCUUGACAGAUAUGAGCAGGAAGUCGAAUCACUGCUCUCUAAACAAGUUGGUGCUGGAGAUUCGCUGCAAGGACCAGAUCAGGAGCGUGAAAGGACUUACAAGCUUGCUGAGCGUCUCUCGGAGCGCCUCAACGACAUGGGGCAAGAUCUUACCAGCAUGAUUGAGGAAGUCAACUCUGCAUCCACGAACUUGAGCAAGACCUCCAAGGCGGACGAACCGAUCUCCCAGAUAGUCCGCAUCCUCAACUCGCAUCUCUCCCAACUCCAACUCAUCGAUCAAGGAACCGCGGCUUUACGUGCAAAAAUACAGGCAAACCAGAGAGCAGGCAGCUCCCUUAGUCAAAGUCAAUAUGGUGCUUAUCGAAACGGAACCCCCGGAAGUGUCAGUGGAGGUGCUGCUGAAGACUUCUAUCGCGCUUACAUGGGUCGACGCUAG